CACACACACACACACACACACACACACACAAGCGCGCGCACACUUGCGAACGUCCGUAUACACGUGCCGCCGGGAAACCGAGAGAGGAGACCGUUUCGGACGGAACGCUCGCGCUGCCUUUAGGGCUUCAGUAGGCUGUUGACUGUUGGCCGCGGUCCCGCGACCGCGCGAUAAUACUGUACACGUUAUAUUAUAUACCGCGCGUCCGCAUCAUCGCGCAACACUUGUACCGCAAACGUUCACCUGCACAGUAGUUACGUAUUUGCGCUUAUCUCGAAUCUUCGAGAUUUUCAAUUUUUUUUGUUUUAAUUUUUUUUUUUUUUUUUGUUUUAGUUAAUUUUAUUUUAUUUUUUUUGAAUUUUUUUUUCCCCGUUAAAUUCGUUUACCGUCCGUCUAAUCUCUGCCUGUGCACGCUUGCCAUCUCCGCUGUCUUUUCGUUUUCUUUCCCUCUCCUCGGACGUUCGUAUAUAGGCAGCUGCGCCGCUCUCAUAUCGUAUACAUAAUAAAUAUAUAGUCGGUGUGUGUGUGCGUGUGUCUAUGUGUGAGAAAGAAAGAGAGAGAGUGUGUGAGAGAGAGUAACUGCAUAGUUGCAGUAUAGUCACUACAUUUAUACUAUUAGUCUCGUCUAGUCUCCGGCACCGCGCGCUCGUUUCCCUGCUGACAGUAUCCGCGGAGGAAUGCACCAGUGAAAAAAUGGCUCAGCUUUGGGACAAGUCACAAAAACAGUGGAUAAAAAAUUUCUGGCUCAAUCUCAAAAACAACAAUAAAAACGCCGGUGAAAAUGUUUUGGGCCAUGUAUCCGACAUGGUAGAACUUAUCAAUGGAGAGAUGCCGAUAUUGAGCUCGUCUGGUGGAGGAGGAUCAACAGAUUUCGUUCGCGUUGGCAUCGACUGCACUCUAAGUCCGUUAAAACCGGCAACUGCUACGUCCGGUAGCCUACACAAUCAACAACAACAACAACAACAACAGUUGCACCAAAAAACGGCUAUCGACGUUGCAGAGAACGCUUCCGAGGGAUCGGCGGCAGCAGCGAUCAAGCGCGUGGUGUGCAGCCCAGACCUGCCAGUUUUCACCAUAACGCCGGUGGUCGAAGAGGCGGCCGUGAUCAUCGACUCGGCUAAGACGGCGGCCGCAGCGGUUGCGGCCGCACCGGCUGUACUGCCUUCACCGCAUACAGCCACCGCGGUGACCGACAAGUCUCUGCAGUGCAACGUGUGCCACAAGGUAUUCAUGCAGAAAAACGCUUUCCAAAAUCACUUGCGAUCUCACGUGAAAGACACGACGACAGACGGCCCGUUCCAGUGCAACUACUGCAGUAAGUCGUUCACGGUACCGGCCCGACUAACACGGCAUUACAGAACGCACACCGGUGAAAAACCGUACAAAUGCGAGUAUUGCGACAAACCGUUCUCAGUGAAGGAGAACCUGAGCGUGCAUCGGCGCAUCCACACCAAGGAGCGGCCGUACAAAUGUGACGUGUGCGAGCGGGCGUUCGAGCACAGCGGCAAGCUGCACCGGCACAUGCGCAUACACACUGGUGAACGUCCGCACAAGUGUUCGUUCUGUGACAAGACGUUCAUCCAGAGCGGUCAACUGGUCAUUCACAUACGUACCCACACGGGCGAAAAACCGUACGUGUGCAAAACGUGCGACAAGGGGUUCACGUGCUCCAAACAGCUCAAAGUGCACACGCGCACUCAUACGGGCGAGAAGCCGUACUCGUGCGAUAUAUGCGGCAAGUCGUUCGGCUACAACCACGUGCUCAAGCUCCACCAGGUGUCGCAUUACGGUGAGAAAGUGUACAAGUGCACGAUUUGCAACGGCACGUUUACAUCUAAGAAGACCAUGGAGAGCCACAUCAAGAGCCAUUCGGACAACGGUGGUGGUGGAGCUGCGUCGGCUGCCGUAGCUACCACUAACGGCGUCCAGGUAACCGGCGCCACUGCGACGGCUUCGACCGCGGGCGCACUAGUCAUCACUGUGCAGUCGUCGUCUAACAAAAAAGACGCUUCGUCCGAGGGUGAGACUUCGUCGGGUUGCGGUAGCGACAAGGAAAACAACAAGUCGACGGUAGCCGCGUCCGCCGCGGUAUUGCUUCAGCUGUCUGACGAACCGAAGCGCACUAAUCUUCUGCAGCAGCCGACAGCAGCGACGGCUACCAUAAUGGUUCGGGAAGACGACGGUGAUGGCAUCGGAAAAUCCGAUGACGACGAAGACGACGAGGACGACGAGGACGAUGACGACGUAAUGGUAAUGGGUGCCGCUGACGUGGACACCGAACUUAACAAGCUGUGUCAGUACUUGUAUCCCAGGUUACCGGGAAACAACCGCAAGCGCAGUGAUUAUGACGAUGACGAGGAUGACGACGAGUACAAUUGCGACCAACCUCCUAGUCCGGCCAGCAGCUCUUCGGGUUCGUUGAUUCUGACCAUGGACGUGUCGCCGCCACCCAUGACUCGUCAACACCAAUAUCAACAGCAACAACAACAACAACAACAACAACAACAGCAGCAGCAGCAACUUCACCAACAGCAUCACCAAGAACAGCGACAACAACAACAACACCAGCAGCAGCAGCAGCAGCAGCAACAACAACACCAACAGCAGCAGCAACAACAACACCAACAGCAGCAGCAGCAGCAGCAACAACAACAACACCAUCAGCAGCAGCAGCAGCAGCAGCAGCAACAACACCAACAUCAGCAACAACACCAACAGCAGCAACAGCAGUCGUUCCACACGAUGCAGACGGUCACACAGCAACAGCGACAGCAGCAUGUAGAUUAUGUCAUGUUGAUGGCUACCGAAGAUCGUGAAGCCGUGUCUCCCGUCCGAUACGUUGCUCCUGCCGCCGACGAGACUAUGGAGAUGCCUCCUGUCGUGUCGUUGACCGCGGUGCCGUCACCGCCUCCGCAGUCACAACCAUCGCCUCCACUGCCCACGCAGCUCAACGACCGGGAUCACUUGAGUCUGCCACCGCGGAAACGGUCGAAAAUGAUACUCAAGUCGAUGGAGAGCACGGCCAAGAAAGAGGCGCAGUGCAGCCGAUACAGCUCGGUAAUACAGUACGCCAAUAAAGCCUCAAUUUAAACGUAAACGAUCGUAGUAUUUAUAUUAUCAUCACAAUUUAUUAUUAUACUUAUUUAUGAAAUACUAUUAUUAU